CAGCGUUUUCCAACACUAGCCAUGGAAAAAUGUCACGUCAAAGAAACAGUAGCAACGACAAAAGACACAAAUAAUAAAAAAGCUUAUUUUGCGCAGGAAUUCGUAUAAUUCCCAGUAAAUUAGAAGCCAUGCAAUUGCAUAUUUAGUACGCGCCAACAAACUGUGAAAUAAAUUGUCGAGUUUUAAACACGCAGUUCGGCCAGCAGCAACAACGAAACGCAGUUUUGGGCCAUUGCAUUUUGCGAGAGUGUGAAAAGUGCGUGUGUGCAAAAAGCUAAAGAGGAAGAGCGCAAAAGAAGCAGCGAAAACAACAACACACAAAAACACAACACACGCACACCCAACAGAGCCACCCACAUUUGCACAUACCCACCACACACACACACUCGCGACACACAAAACUCCAGCGCCGAGUCAGCAAAUUCUGCCACACACACAAGACGGAAGAAGAAGAGCUGAAAAAAGAGGUGCCCACAUCUCCAUAAACUCUAAAAUUCGCGUUACCAAGUCUCCGGCGGAAUGAAUCGCUCCGACGGCUUGGUGCGACGCUCGGUGAAGCCGAGGGAAAACGGUGGCGCGGAGGGCGGCCUGAAUGCCAAUACGCCGGAUGACAAUCAGGAGGCGAUCGACGGCCUCAAGGACCAGGAGGACAAUAUCGAUGACGGCGACUCCAAGGAGACGCGGCUCACGCUCAUGGAGGAGGUCCUGCUGCUGGGACUCAAGGACAAGGAGGGCUACACAUCGUUCUGGAACGACUGCAUAUCAAGCGGUUUGCGCGGAUGCAUUCUCAUAGAACUUGGACUGCGAGGUCGAGUGAUGAUCGAGAAAUCUGGAAUGCGACGACGUGGCCUAUGUACAAGAAAAUUAAUUCUGAAAUCGGAUCAGCAGACGGGCGAUGUUCUACUGGAUGAGGCACUAAAACACAUCAAGGAAACAGAUCCCCCAGAGACGGUGCAGAGCUGGAUUGAAUAUCUCAGUGGUGAGACUUGGAAUCCAUUGAAAUUGCGCUACCAGCUGAAAAAUGUACGCGAACGUCUGGCCAAGAAUCUGGUGGAGAAGGGUGUGCUCACAACGGAAAAGCAAAAUUUUCUGCUUUUCGAUAUGACGACACAUCCCCUAAGCGACAAUGUGGUCAAGUGUCGCCUGGUGAAGAAGAUUCAAGAUUCUGUGCUGUCCAAGUGGGUGAACGAUCCGCAGCGCAUGGACAAAAGGAUGCUGGCGCUAAUCUUCCUGGCGCACGCCAGCGAUGUCAUCGAGAAUGCAUUCGCGCCGCUGAAUGAUGAUGAUUACGAGGUGGCCAUGAAGCGGGUUCGGGAGCUGCUUGACCUUGACUUUGAAACGGAGGCUGCCAAGCCGAAUGCGAAUGAGAUACUGUGGGCGGUGUUUAUGGCGUUUACGAAAUAGACGGAUUCUCUCCUCCGCUCCUCUUAUACACACACACACACAAGAUACACACACAUAUACGCCACAUCUGGAAUACAUUUUGCUGCGCUUUUGUUUUUAAAACCUUGCUGUGAGUGGGCGAUAAGAUUUUAUUUAAAUGCCAACCAUCCAAAAAGAAAAAAACAAUUUUUAAAUCACUUUCCGGAGAAUAGUUAUAUUUUAAGCCAUAAUGCCUAUACAAAUAUACAUAUAUGUGUUUAACGAAGCUGCAAUAGUAUCUGAGCGGUUGCUCAGUUGUCUCCCUUCGUUUUCCUCCUUUCCUUGAGCAUUAUAUAACCAGUAAGUUGUGUUCCAAAAUCGAAAGAUCACGAUCGAGAAUUCGAAACUGCAGCAUUGUUUUUGUAAUUAUAUAUAUCUAACACUAAGAAGAAGAAAAUAAUAAGAGAACAUUGAUCAAGUCUGUGCAAA